AUGCCCCCUUCAUCUGACUCGACCGCGGAUCCGCCUGCGAAGAGGCGGGGUGCCACCAAGCGUAAAGAGCCGCCAACCGCAGUCGACCCCGACCCGGCCGUUAAUGCACCGCCGCCUAAGGAUGCUGCGUCAACCACCGCCGAUGUCGACCUAAUGCCGCUCCCGGGUACGACACCGGAAGGCGAGGACGUGGUGAUCAUUACCUGUUGCAAGGGCGUCGAAUUCAACGCCACCCAUAAGGAGUUCAUCGUGGAUCACGUACCUGCCCCGAUGAUAGGAUGCCCGUUCGAUGUGUACCAUUGGAAGGACGUCGAGCGUUACCUUCGCUAUGACGAGCGCAUCCGUGGCGGUCUUGCCUCUGUCGACGAGCCGGUGCCGAUUGGGUACUACUCCCUCCGCUCGACGCUCAGGAAGCUUGUCGAUCCCAGCGUCGCUUCACUAUCAGGGUUCGACGAUAAGGGAACGGCUGAGGUGGAGGGCGAGCCGAUGCGACCGAUCUUCUUCCGGCCGGAAGUUCAGGAGGUCUUAGGCGGACACGCCGCCAAGCGCGCUGCUAGAUCGAAGUCGGCGAAGGAGGGACAGGAGAAGGCCGAGGGGACCCAGGCGAAGAAGAUCAAGAAGCAGUCGGUCGACGAUCACGCGGGGUCAAACCAAGGAUCACACAAGGUUCCCGGAUCGUCGGGCUCGUCACUCGGCGCAUUAGGGGUCGACGAAGAUAUCAUUCAAUUUGCUAUCGCGCAAGCUCUUCGUGGACAGAUGCGCGCUCAACAGCGCCGACGGGAGCGGGAAUUGGAGAAGGGUUCGCGCAGGGGCGCGUAG